CACGUUUUCUUGGAUUUACAUGGUAAAUAUGAAGUGAUUCUCACCUGAGAAACCGAACCAUGCAUCAAAUCAGUUAAUCUUUACUUUGAACAUGUUAACCGAGUUGAUAAACUUUGACUGUAAUAAAUUUAGAGUGGAUGAUUCAGAUGUGGAUCAUGAAGAUCCAAUCCUUAAACAAGAGCUUAACCAUCUAAUUUUGGAGCAGUUGAGCAAUUUUGAUCUUAGCGAUGAAGAAGAUCAGCUAGGAUCAGUUGAGGAUGACGCUGUGCCAGCUGACUCCAAUGAUUUGAUGAGCAUUUUGGAAGCGGGAAAACUGUCAUUGCUGGAAGGUGCUAUUCAGGAUUUUGGAAAGUUUUCCGGUGAUGAAACUACAAAUUCAAGUGAAUUAACGAAUCCAAGAAAUGAUGGUGAGCAGUCGCGUAAUAAUCAAGAAUUCUUGAAAUCGACGGAUCAAUUCAUUCCAAAUAUCCAUAGUUUUCAAAAUCCUGAAAAUAUAAAAAACAAAUCUGAGAAGUCUGGAAGUCACAACAGUAAUCAUUCCAUUUGUAAUAACUUUCACACUCAAACAAAAGAUGGGAGUUCUGGACCAGCUGUUAGUUUGGACUUGAGUCUUCCAGAUGAGAUGGCAAAUGCAUUGUCUGAUGUGGCGCAGCACAAUGUAAUACCAUGUGCAACACAAGCUAGUAAUGAACCAGGUAAAACUACCCCACUGAAAAAUCAAUUUAUCUCGUGCUUCACUCCAAUAAAAACUAGUAUUGCUAACGAAAAGAUAGAUCCUCAUUUCUUACCUGACGAUAAACAGGAUCGUCGUGAAUUAAUCUAUGCCGCUCAAGGACAUCAAUUACAAGAGCUACAGGCGGAAGUUAUUCAGUUGAAAGAAUAUAUUGCCAAAGAAAAACGUUUGUCUAAUCAUCGUUUACUAUUAGAUGAAGGAGAGAAAGAAACAUUACGUUCUAAAUUAUCAGCAACAGAAGAUAUUGUUAAAUCAUUAUAUAAGGAGCUUGCUGCCAAAGAAGAAAAUUCGGAAGUUUUACAAAAACAACUGCAACAAAAUGAAGAGUCUCAGAAAAAGUUGAAUGAAGAACUUUUAGCUUUACGAUCAACUAAUGAAUCAUUAUCAAGUCAGUUAAUUGAGCUUACCACGGGAAAUGCAUUAAAACGAGCUGAAGAAAGAGAAGCACAAUUAACCGAAUCACUAGAACAACGUUUUAUGUCAAAAACCGAUGAACUUAAAGCCGAACUUAAUACAACUCAAAGACACUUAACUGAAAAGGAAGUUGAAGUGAUUGAUUUACGUCGACAACUAGAAAUAUCUAAGGCUGAGAUGCUUAAAUCACAACAAACUUACAAUGAAAUGAUAAACGAGGCUAAUAAACAAUUAGAGGAGGCUCAAAAGCAUUGUCAACAACUUGCUUCAUCUGCUUUAUGCUCAGAAGUGACUUUAUUAAGACAAAAAGUCAUUGAACUGGAGACUUCAAAAAGAAUAACGGAUGAUGUGAACAAGAUUUUACAAAAUGAACUGCGAGAUUUUCGUGAUCAAGUUAGUAUCUACGAGAGUGUUUUAAAGUUAGAUGUUUAUUCCAUGAAUAAUGGUAUUGAUGAAAAUCAAUUAUCAUAUGAUACAAGUGAAUUUACACCUAUUAGUAUAAAAGGACGCCAUUCAGGCAAAUCUGUUGCAUUCGCUGAUACAAUUGAACCUAUUCAUCAUGCGAAUCUUCGUCGUCGACGUCCAUGUUCAGCGGUUGAACAGCCUAUUCAUAGAACGGAUGAUAAUGUUUGUACUAUUGCCAGUUGGAAUUCAGAUGAACAGAAUUAUCGCUUUCAACGCAAUUCGGGUGACAAACAGCAACCGUGCAUUAACAGUGAUGAUCUUGCAGAUAAAGCAGGCGAAUAUGAUGAACAAGGUGAUUUAUUCCACUCAUUAACUCGUCAAGGUAUAUUAACUAGUACACCUGCAGUGUCAGUAAUAUCACCGAAAUCACCAAUGGCUAAAUUACGUAAUGAACUGGAACGUUGUCUUUUAAACUACAAGGCUAAACGAGAACAAGUAACUAAACUUCAUGAAAUUUUAUAUACAACACGCUGCCAAUUACAUCAGUCAAGAGAAGCAUCAGAAAAGGCUGAGAAAUCAGCUAAACUUUUACAGGAACGUGUUCUAUCUUUAGAACAAGAGUUAUCUACUUUACGUAUUAUUGGCGACAAUCCUGGGCCAAGGGAACUCCUACUUAGUGGUCAGUUAGAGAGGUUAAGAGGGGAUUAUAAUCACUUGGAAGAAGAGUUACAGGCAACUCGUACACGUUUACAAGCUGCACUUGGUGCAGAAGCUAAAGCACUAGAAGCUGAGAAAACUAUCAGUGAACGUUUAGCUGCAAGUGCAGCAGAAAGAGAUGCAGCUGUGGAACGUGCUAAAGCGAUGUGUGAAGCUCAAUAUAUUGCAAUGCGUCGCCACUUGGAAGCAGAAUGGGCCAAUGAAAGAGAUACUAAUACUCGUCGUGCAGAAGAAAAACUUGCAGAUACUAAGAAAGCAUUAUACGAGAUGGAACGAGAAGUUCAUCGAAUCACAAAUUUAUAUCAUGAAAGUCAAAUAUCUGCUAAAAAAGCUGUUGAAAACGCUCUCAUGGAGGCUAUGAAGUUGAGAGAAGCAGAAAGAAUGCGGUUUUGGAGGCAAGAGCUACCGGAACAAAUUGAAGUCGCACGGCAAUCCUGGAUUUCGCAAAUGAAAACACAAAAUUCAGGUAUCAACGCUUUUCGUGAACUUAAGGAUAAAGGCAGUCAGACAGAAAUGUGUUUACCAGUGAACACUGCCGUAAACACGUCAUAUAUAGCUGAAUCUACCGCAUGUGUUCAAACUGAACUUAAUGAAUUAUUGCCAUUAAGAUUUGGAAUCACCAUACAUGAUCCAAUACAAGACAAUUUUAUGAAUAAUGAAAUUAAAACUGCUAUUCUCAGCAAAUAUCCUAUAUUGUCUGAAUAUUUGUCAGCAGAAUGUCUUCUGCAUUUAUGUACACAUUUAACUGAAACGUCCUGUAUUAAUUUAUGUUAUUUGGAGAAAGAAAUAGCAAACUCUUCUCAAACUAUGUUUAAACAUCUACUUCAGAAUUUAUUGAAACAGAUUGAUGGCGAAAUCGAUAGAUUAAUGCAGGAAUAUAAAGUAGCACAUAUUUUUGAUCAAAGUGUAAAAUGGGAAUUUUCUUCAGGAAGUCAAUCUAUAUUUAAACGCUCUGAUCCUGAUACACUAUCCUAUAAUUCAUUUGAUCAAUCCGAUGAAAUUCUCAAACAAACAUUUUCAAAUUAUUUGAAUUUUAACAAUUUCAAAAUUCAAUUGUUUAAAAUGAUUAAUUGUGAAUAUCAAUCUAUUCUUGAGAAAAUUCAUUUAUUAAUUGUCAAUCUUGACAAUGCAAAGAAUUAUGUACAACAGUUGAACAAUGUAUCAGUAAAUGUCACAACUUCAAUCCCCAGUGAACAUAAAUCUAUACAAGUUAAUGGUCUUGAAGCUGAAUAUUAUUCUUCUACUAUUAAAAAAAUCAAAGCUGAUGUUUUGAAUUAUGUUGAACUAUGCCAAUCUCGUGCUGCACAAAUACUUCAUUCAGAAUUAGGUCGAGUACAUAGAAGAGCUUGCAGACAGUUUACUAGUCAACUUCGUCAAGCUUUACUUGAAGCUGGAGCACCGAUAUGUUCUACUACUAGGCGUGGAAACUUUUAUAAUCGAGCUGGUGGUUUUACAAAUUCGAUUGAUUCCAAUUUUAACAAGAAUAAAUAUUGUCAUGUUAAUAAAAUCUCUGAAACUAUUAAUUUAUCAGAAGCUUCUGACGAGAGUGAUUUUCAAACUGUUACUACUUCUCCUACCCCAAAUUCAUAUUCCGAAUUGGAGUCAUUACUUCACAUUAUUGAUGAAGUUUGUGCUUCAACAGAGGCUAAAUUUUAUGCAGACACAUUAACUGGAUCACGUUUAUUCAGUCAGUUCAAUGUAGCAAAAUCAUUAUCGGAUGAUAAAAUUAUUCCACAGACUUCAAUCAAUAAUAAUAAUACAUCUCUGUGUAAUAAUCUUACAACAAUUUCAUCUCAUAACAUUGUCACAUAUACUCCUUACAUUGUACCUGACUGUAAACAGAAUCAAUCAUUAUCAAUGUCAUCUCAUUGUUGUUCUCAUUUUAAACAAAAUUCUAAUGAAAAAUUAUCAAUCAAAGCUAUAAUACCUAAUCAGUGUGGCAAUCAAAUGUAUAGUACUAAUCGUUUACUAUCAAGAAAUAAUUCUACUGUAUGCUCAAAUCAUUUCGCUGAAGAUUUAUCAUCUCACAUAACCGCUUCAAUGAAUUCAAUUGCUCUUCAACUGAAAUCAAAUAAUGAUAACAAUUUGUGCAAACCAAUACCAACUCCACGUGUUACACGUCUUCCUUCUGUCAAUCUGAUAAACCGAUCACCGAGAACUAUAAUGAAUGGCUGUCAAAACACAAAACCACCUGUACAUGCACAACUUUAUGAAUUAUUCGAAAGUUUUAUUCCAUCAACCAAGUAGUAGUAGUAGUGAUAUUAUGACCAACAUAUACAAUAGUGAAAAUAAAUAAUUUUUUCGUACACUUUUUUUUUUCUUUGAUCAUUUUGUUGUAUAAUAAUAUAUCGAUCGAUGCCUUAUUUCUGUUUGAUGAAUAACGUGACUAAUAAUAAUAAUAAUUUUUUGCUUACUGUAUAUUUCUUUACUGGCUUUCUUUGUACAUAAUUCGAUUGUUUAUAGAAAACCUAUUCUUCUUCUUCUUUUUUUUAGUACUUUAUUUUUCCCCGUGUUUUUUUUUUUAUUUUUAGUGUUCAGGGAUGUUAGUGUUUAUGUUUCCCUGUUUUGAAAUGUGCUUGUUGUAUUUGACUUUCGGAUUUCAAAUUAGACAUAUCAUGUUUUUACAUGUUUUGUUAUAAUUGUAUUUCUUAAGAGUGAUAUGUUUUUU